GUGACGCUGUGCCCUGGAUAUUGUCAGCAGGCAACAGGGCAAGACCUCUCGGAGAGGCGCAAAGGUGCUGGCUGAGGCUGAGUCGAAGACACCUGCAUGACGCUCGUGCACAGCCGCAGGUCAUCUUCAAAGCACGACCUCACACCCUGAUAAUGGCAUCUCGUCUUCUGUGGGAGACCUCGAACAGGACUCAAAACGAGCCUGUAAACAUCUACAAGGGCAACGGAUCGGAUUUCCAAAGCUAUUGUCGCGUAGCUUAGGCAUGCUUGCAGAAGUGCUCCGCUCAGCCUUGCGGGUCUUGAUUCUACUUUUCGAACACAUCGCAGCGGUAACAGUAAGAUUCAUGACUCUGCCAUAUUAUCGCCUUUACUACUUCAACACCUCCGCUCCCCUGGCUCGGAUCGCAGCGCUAGCAUCCGAACAGCCACUUGACACAGCCAAAGUGAUGAAAGCCAUCUCUUCGUGGAGAGUGCGAAAGCUUACAGAGCUUCAGUUCAUCACCAUUGCGGUAAGUCCGGCUCCCACCAAGCAGGCGCGAUGCAAGAUUCGACUGACUCCACAGUGCACCGUCCUGGCAGCAGCAGUUAUCGGCUCCUUUUCAUGGACCAUAAUCGAAGACGCCUACUGGUUGACCCACGGCUUCUGGCAUAGUAGCCUGAUCUUCUCAGUCCUGGGGAUUCUGCUCUCGGCGUCCGAGGUCACCGUCCUACACUUGCUGGGGCCGCUACGACACACAGGCCAAUUCAAUCGAGACGAACAGACCGCUAGAAAGUAUUACCCCCUGUUGCUGUCGCCGAGUGUCGAGAUAGGGCAAUUCACACCACGCCUGAAGAUGAUCUUCACGUGGCAAGCACCGCUGAUGUUCAUGUCCUAUUCGGUCUGCGGGUUUCUAGUAGGCCUGACUGUGCUUGUCUGCACGCCUUUGCUCAGGGAAGACCACACUUGGACAGUCGGACAUAAUAUUGCAAUCAUGUACUUGACGGUUUUUGUCGGGGCAGGCACCACCUUCGUGUUUUGCUCGUUCUGGGUCUAUCACUACGUGCAAUUAGAUCUGGACGCUGGUGAUACUGGGUCCCACAAUAAUGACGAUGUCGAUGGUGGUGUGGGACUUGAAGUCAUGCUCACGCCGUUCUCGGGAGAGGUGAGAGGAGCGACUGGAGGCUCGUCCGGUCUCAAGAUGGAUCGUCGAUACACUAGUUGGACAUAGCGCUGCGCUAUGCUAAUGAUCUUAAAUUCAUGAUCUCUACUUC